AUGUCGUACGAGGUGCUCGUGCGCGCGACGGACGCGCGACGGGCGUGGUCGGUGAUUCAGCCCUUGAUUUGUCCGCGCGACGCGCGGGAGGCGAAAAUGUGCGUCGAUGCGAUGUCCGCGAUCGUCGAGUGCGACGUCGUGGACGGUGAACGGGUGACAGGCGCGGUGGUUCGACAGAAGUCCAAAUGGCGGCACGGCGCGCUGAUUUCGGGCACGAGCGUGACGACGACGGCGAUUGAGACGGAUGCGGAAAACUUACGCGCGACGUUCGAUGUGGACACCGAGAGCGGAGACGAGCGCGUGAGCACGCUUCGGCGCUAUCGCGGAUCCACGGAUGUGCGUCAGGUGGAUGACGAUAAGCUCGCCAUUCGGAUGCGCGGAGAGGCUCGAAUCGCGCGCGCGUCGGGAUUCACGGGUAAGCUCAUUCGUGACGUCAUGCUCGGCGCGAUGCGCUCGCAGAUGAAAUCGAGUCUGGUUGAUCUCGGAAGAGCGCUCGGAUCGGGCGAAUCGGUGUCUGCGUGA